AUAAAGCCAUCACUGUUUAAUUACGCUCCGUUAAUUUUUCGAUGAAUGUGAUCAGAAGUCUGUCUUUCAGAUAUCGGCAACUUUCUUCAUUCAAAUAUUAUCACUAAAUUCAAAUAGUUUAAUUAUUUCAAAAUCUAUUUUUCGUUACAAAAGUUUUAUAAAUUUAUUCAUGAUGAUAUCAAUAAAAUAUAUUGUUUUAAGUGUAUGGUUCGCAAGUGUUUCUUGUUAUGAAUUCGAAAACUUCAAUUUAUCAGUAACAGAUACUCCAAUCACACACAUAAAUAUGGCUCAACUUUUUGAACUUUGUUAUGCAAAUACAUCAAAUCCUAUAGCCAUCACUGAAAACUUGGCAAAGACAUUGCACAAAAAUUUGACCGAUACAACAAAGGCACCAGUCAUUAUCAUCAACGAUGAAUUCAUAUCGAAAGACAUUCAACUGUACAAUCCAACCUAUCCAAUGUAUAUAUUAUCAAUGACGAGUCAAAUGGAAUUAGAUGCUCUUUUGAGCAAGCUGAUAGAUUCACCCUUCUGGAGUAUUCAAUCAGCGUUUUUCGUGUUAGUCGAAUCUGUAAAAUCAUGUGAAGAGGAUUCAUUUCAAGUUUUGGGACUACUAUGGGAGUUUGAUCUGUUAUCAUGUGUCGUGGUGUGCUCCGGUACCAGCACGGAAACUACUCUCUAUACUUACAAUCCUUUCACGAAACGAGCUCCCGAUCCUUGGAUUGAAAUUGAGAAAAAUUGGUUUGACCACAACCGUCGACCAGUGACCUUCUACAAGCAAUUUUUCACAAACGAUCAUAAUAUAUGUGCGAAUCUCACUUUCGAUAAAACUAAACUUCUUGAUGGUUAUCCUGUUACAAUGGCCGAGUAUUUACCGGGAGGUACAAAGUUUUACUUGGCUCAAACAUUUGCUUCUUUGAAUACAACUCCGCAACCAACUGUCUUCGGGAAUGAUGCUUUUUUAGUCGCUGAAGCAGUAAUGCAAGGUAAACAAGAUAUUAGUGGAGACUUGUAUGCUGAUAGUGUAUUUCAAUUUGGAGACGUAGUGCCCGUGACUUUUGAACUUUCUUAUGUCAUAGUAACACAAAAGCGAAGUUUUCAACCAGCAUUUUAUGAAAUUAAAAGUGUGUUCGACAUUAAUGGCGCUAUAGGGAUAAUAAUUAUUCUUCUUUUAAUUACCGUCCUGAUUAUAUUGCACAAUGGGUAUCAAGUCAGAUUGGCUAUUCUGGAUGUCUUGAAGCUGUUGAUGAGUAUGGGAAUGGAUGCACCUCUUGAUCGACUCGCUAUGAAAUUAACUUUCUUUACCGCUUUUUUGUUCGUUUUUAUGUUUGGUCCAGCACUUGAGGGACAAAUAUUCGCCACACUGACUCGUCCGCCAUCUCAGAACGUGGAGUCUCUUAAGGACUUGUAUGAUCAAAAGUACCACGUAUAUUAUCUUCAAUCGGUCCAUAAUAGUAUAUUAGAAGAAGGGUCAUGGAAAACUGAAGAGGAAAUGAAAUAUUUACAUCCCCGUCCAAUCUCUUUUCCCGUCGGAAGAUGUUUAAAACUAAUGAUGCGAGAUCCUGAAGUUGCGUGUGUCAUUCAAAAUUUUCACAUGCUAUUUUGGACUAGGAAAUUUGAUUUUCACGCGUCCAAAAAAUUUGUGUUUAAAAAGAAUUAUUUCUAUCAUUCUCGAUUAAAUUGGGCCCUGGGCAAACGAUUUUAUCAAAGAUUAUUAAAAUUUCAAGAAUUAGGUCUCACAGAACGUGGCGGCGAGCCACUGUACAUCCGGAUUGCAUCGAACAAAAUGAAAAUUGCUAAAAGAAAAGAAAAAAUGUUAAAUUAUGACAUAAUUGACGCUGAAGAUUUGACAAAUUUAUAUAUAUUUUUGGCAUUUUUUCAGCUUUUGGCAGUCAUCAUAUUCGGUUUUGAACAUAUUGUUGCAUAUUAUCGCCGUUAAAGACGAUAGAAAUAAAAAUUCGAUAACAUCGACAAAAUAUGCCUAUUACCAAAAACAGAUGGGCUUGACUCAAUAAAUUUGAUUGUGUAGAUUUCCUCUAUUCAACUAAUUUUCAUGUUUUUUAUUUAAAUUAAGUUAUUUAUUAACAGUCGAAUGUUAUAUUUUGUGAGUAUUACAGCAAAAGCUUCACCAUUAGAUGUGAUUUUUACUAUAAUAAUUAUGCAGUAAUUAUGCAGUAAGUAAUCAUAACAUAUAUUACAAGAUUUUCAGAAUAAAAAUAUAAUUAUAUAACCACUAUAGUUAUAAUUACAUAAUAAUGUGUAUAUAUUUAUUUUAGUUUCCCUGACUAGAAACUCUGAUUGAAUCUAAUUCAAUCGAAUAAGAAUUGUGACUUUCUAAAUGAGUCCGAUUAAAUAAAUAAAUUGAAUAAAUUUUAAUCGGAACAAGAUAUUUUUCCGAUUGAAAUUCGAUCAAUUAUUCGGAACCGUUCCAAGUGCAUUCCGAUUGACUGAUUUCAUUCGACAGCGUUCCAAUCAGAUUCUAUCGGUGUUUUUAAGCAGAGUUUGAAAUCACGUUUAAAUGUGUUAUCAAUUUAACUGAAUUUCCGAUUUUACUAAUAAGAUUCAAUUAUAUUUUACAUAAAUAAAAAAAAAAACUGAAUAUUUUAGUGAGGCACCAUAUGAUUAAAUUGUGUAAGUUUUGAUCAUCUUUCCAAGUAAUUUAUUUAUUUAAGUAAUAAAUCUUAGUUUAUAAGUCAUGUCUAACA